GUCAUCGUGGUGAGAGGACCAAGAUGGCGAGCUCCUAUGUGACCGAUGAAUCUGGGAAGUACAUACCAGCCACUCAGCGUCCAGACGGCACCUGGCGAAAGCCAAGGAAAGUGAAGGAUGGAUAUGUGCCCCAGGAGGAGGUUCCUGUGUAUGAAAAUAAAUAUGUCAAGUUUUUCAAAAGCAAACCAGAUUUGCCUCCUGGAAUGAGUCCUGUAGAUGUCCCCGCAGGCAAAGCCCAACAGCCAUCCAAACCUGAUUCUGAGACCAACUUAUCCAAAACAGCAAAAAGAAACCUGAAGCGUAAAGAAAAAAGAAAGCAAGAAAAAGGUGAGAGAGAGGUGGUGGAAGAGACAAGAAAUGAACUGGAAAAAGUCACCAUUUCAGAACCUGCUGUGCUUAAAGAUGGCAGUGAAAAUGCUUCAGCAGAAAAGGCCAAAAAAAUCAAAAAUCUACGCAAGAAGCUUCGUCAAAUUGAGGACUUGCAGCAGAAAAUAGACUCUGGGGAGAUCAAGCAGCCGACCAAAGAGCAGCAAGAGAAACUGGGACGGAGGAAAGCACUAGAAGAAGAACUGGAGGAUUUGGAGCUAGACUUAUAGAGUGCUUGCAGAUUUUACAAGAAAAGAUGAGGGGGGCCUUGCUAGAUCACCAGGGACAUUUUUAGCCCUUUUUCUAGGUUUUGUGUCUCCCAGUUGUUUUACGUUUAUGUGCUGAUAGGGAUAUACCAUUAGGAUUAACUGAAUCUUUUCCUAGCAAUCAGGAUAAGGUAUUCACCAUAGGAUCAGUCCAUUAUGGGGGUAUUCCUGCCUCAUUAAUAGUAAGUACAUCUUUGUAAUUAAACAGAUUCAUUUAGAAUCUUUUCUUUUUUGAGGCCGCUUCCAUAAGUGCUGAUUGCUGACCCAUGUUUAAAAGUAGAACAAAGACUAUAUUCUUAUUCUGAUUGAGGAAAUAUCAUUGUAUGGAGUAACAGCAGUUAAUACAUACACACCAUCAAGUCCCUUUCUUAACUUUUUUAUUUGUGUGUAGUGUUUGUACACUAUAUUAAAUUGCAAAUUCUGCAUUAUUGGGGUGGUUUCUACAAAUCACAUUUAUAUGUGAUCCAAUAUUAAGCAAUAAUGGGUUGAACAGUUUAUGGUACAUUUUUCCUCAUAAAAUGGGCGGCUAAAGUUGGUUUAGGCCAGAAAUCAGAUUUCUCAUCUGUAAAAUAAAUGUUUAGUGCUGAAUUUCCAUAUUGGCAGUUAUAAGAAAUACACAAGACCGAAACAUGGGUUUUACUCUUGCAUUUACUGUUCCUAGUUUGUGGGGAUUGGUGCUUCGUUUUGAGAUGUUUUCCUUGCAAAUUGAACAGGGUUUAGUGAUCUGAGAUGUACAAAAAAAAAGAUUUAAUUUCAUUCUCUUGAGCGCUUCUUGCACACACCAUAAAAUGGUGAUUUAUAGCUAGAUUUUUUGUUAUGAAUUCAUACUGCAAUUGGUGUGCGUAUUUAAAUAAAAAGUACCUACUGUUAUGUCCAGGCGGUACUAACAUAUAGUUGUAUACAGCUAUAGGUGGGGCGAUGUAUCUGUUUUGCACUGUUGUCGUCAGUGACAUCCGGCAUAGAUGUACUCCCAAGGACCCCAGAACAGUGCUACACUUUAAGUGUAAAAAAGGGAAAUUUUAUUUUUACAUUUCGCUAUGUGGUAUGCAAAUGUGAGAUAGAAAAAAAAAUAUAAUUUGUCUUUUAAAGGGACACUAAACCCACAUUUUUUUUCUUUCAUGAUUCAGAUAGAGCAUGCAAUUUUAAACAACUUUGUAAUUUACUCCUAUUAUCACAUUUUCUUCGUUCUCUUGGUAUCUUUAUUUGAAAAAGCAGAGAUUCACUUUGGAGCCGGCCCAUUUUUGGUUCAGCAUCUGGGUAGCUCUUGCUGAUUGGUGGCUAAAUGUACACACUGAUCAGCAAGUGCUACCCAGGGGUGCUGAAACAAAAAUGGACUGGCUUACAUUUCUGCUUUUUAAAUAAAGACACAAAGAGAAUGAAUAAAAUUGAUCAUCAGAGUAAAUUAGAAAGUUGCUUAAAAUUGCAUGCACUAACUAAAUCAUGAAAGAAAAAAUUUGGGUUUAGUAUCCCUUUAAUUAUUUCCUCCGUGUUUGAGAAAAUGGUUAUAAUGAAUUCAGUGAAUUUGACAUGUGAGGAGGUAGUGGCAUAAAUGUAAUUUAUCUCCUUAUCCCUGUGUAAGAAUAAAAAUUAGCAUGUUGGCUCCAACAUUGAGGCAGAAACAAAGAACUAGAUGCUUUUGCUACUACUUCAUGAUAACAAAAAUCUUCAUUAAAGGUCCAUUAUAGUAAAAAAUAAAAUAAAUUGAGCAUUUAAUUUUAAGACUACCAAUGCUGCAUAUACUGUGUGUUUAAUGUGCACAAAUGAGUUAAACACAAUAAGUAGUACUAGUACCACUAGUUACACAGCUGAGUCAUGCUACUAGCACUGCUGAUUAGAACAGCAGCGUUUUCCAAUUGGGACCAGCAGUGCGCUACAGGUCCUAAACGGCACUUCUACUGUGUGUUUUAAACCCCUUUAUGGGAGUUAAAAACAUAGUAGCGCAGGGUGUCUCGUCUUACAAUUGCAUGCUCUAACAAAUUAAAGCGUGUAAUUUCUCUAUUAUGGCUUUUUAAUAGCUAUAUUACUAUCUUGUUUACAACAACAAUAUCCUCUCUUCUAAGUUAGUUUUCAGUCCACAACAUAUUAUUAUAUAUUUAUUUUUUGUUCCUUUUUAGACAUUUGCUAAAAAAACAAAACCUUGUUUGCGUAGCGUGCUUAUUUACUGUCUGAAGACAAACGUUUUCUAACACAAAAAAUAGACGUUUCAUAUAGGGAAAUCGUAUUGGUUUAUUAGUGUUAAUCUUACUGUUCUGAGUGUUGAGAGAGAGACGAAUGAAAACAUUUUAAAACUUAAACAGAAAAGCAGUAUUUUAUCACACUGAUAUUUAAUCAUGGCAAUAAGGUUUAGAUGGCUCAAUCUUCACCAUGCAACUUAUAAGUCUAGAGUAGAAUGUUGUUGCUGUACAUGGUAAAUAACCGGAGCAUUAUUGGCAUGCUAACUAGCCAGUUACCUGGUGUGUGUAUGUUUGUGUGUGUGUGUGUGUGUAUGUAUAUAUAAUCUCAUUUGAGGAAUGUAGGAAAAUUGUAUCCUGUCUUUAGCCAUUGAUGUUUUCUUUGUUGUGAAAGCUUUAAUGCUUCUAACUAAGACAGUGAAAUGGGACAACACAUUUAAGGGACAGUCUAGUCAAAAUUAAGGGCAUGCAAUUUUAAAUAAAUUUCAAAUUUGCUUUGUUCUCUUGGUAUUUGUUGAAAACUAAACCUAGGUAUCCUCAUAUGCUAAUUUUGAAGUCUGCCUCUUAUCUCCGUGCAUUUUGACAGUUUUUCACUGUUAGACAGCGCUAGUUCAUGUGUGUCAUAUAGAUGAUGUGCUCAGUCCCGUGAAGUUACAUAUGAGUCAGCACUGAUUUGGCUAAAAUACAAGUUUGUCAAAAGAACUGAAAUAAGGGGGCAGUCUGCAGGGGCUUAGAUACAAGGUUAUCACAGAUGAGUAUAUUAAUAUAACCCUAUUGGUUAUGCAAAACUGGGGAAUGGGUAAUAAAAGGAUUAUCUUUUGAAACAAUAAAGAUUCUUGCGUAGACUGUCCCUUUAACUCUCCCCUUCAAUAGAUGCUAACACUUUUUCACAGACAUACAUUGUUCAUGAUAUUGGAGGAUAUAGUUUAUCUGCUUGCUAUCACCACAGAAUUUUUUAUUUUAAAUUAGGACAAGUUCAUGGUGCCUUGUAGAGUCUAGUAAUGUUAAAACAGUGUAAAGUACAUCUCAAGAUGAAAUUUCAGGUGUAUGAUUUAAUUAUUAUUACCCAAUCAUGCAUUCUUAAAAAUCCAUGCUAUAGUUUUCAUAUCGAAAUAAGACCAGUAUAUUUUAUAGUGUAUAUUUUAAUCACAUAGAUGGAAAUAGGGUCAGGAAGCAAGGGUGCAAAGUUAAAAUUGAUUUAAACCAGCAGCACUAUUAGACCAGUAGUGAAGAAUAUGAUCGUGUUAUGUAGCACUAAGGAAUGUAUGUCUCUAGAAAUAUUUACAUGUAUGUGGGCGUUAUUGUUGCCUGUACAGCAAUUGUAUAACUUGGCAGUUUCCAUUUAAACCACCUUAUUUGUCUACAGACAUAUAUUGUUUGACAGAAGAAAUCUACAUCAUUUAUGUAAACUGAUGCACUACUUUGUGUAGUAUUUGGUUUGUUUGUUUUUUUAAUAAAAUUGGAGGUGUAA